CCGAGAUUUUAGAGGUGUUUGGCUCUAUUUCACCUCUUGAAACCGAAAAAUAAUUUUAAAAACCAAGCCAAACAUAAGAUAUGUUUAUAACGAUGGUUAUUUAAUGUUAAAUCCUCCCUUUAUUGCUCAUCUAUAAACAAACAUGGCGGUGUGGGGUGUGUCACAGUAUCGAUAAGAUGAACAGGGAUUUUGUCUGGGCGGAGGAGGAGAAUAAGAACAAGAUGCACCUGGUGGCUUGGGAUAAAAUGACAGUGCCAAAGAAGCAUGGCGGUGUGGGCAUCCGCCCUACCAGACAGGCCAACCUGGCCAUGUUGGCUAAAGGGGGAUGGCGGCUCAUCAAAGAGAAGGAGACUCUCUGGUCUCAGAUCAUGCACGCCAAGUAUGGGCGUCAGAGGGAGAACCUUGAUAUUCUUGGCAAUUCUCAGGGAAGUUCCUUUACCUGGAAAAGUUUUUCUAAAGCUGUUGAUGUGUUAAAGCAGGGGUGUGCUUGGAACAUUAAGAAUGGUAAGCGCACUAAGUUUUGGUUGGAUCCUUGGGUUUUGCAGGGGAGCCUGAAGGAGGUGGCCACUAUGCAUAUAGCUGAGGAUGUGGAGCAAAUGACAGUGGCUGAUUAUGUGACAGCUGAUGGAACGUGGCGCACCGACAUGUUUGAGGCCCUUCUGCCAACCGAGAUUUGCCAGAAGAUUCUCAGUGUGGCGGUUGACACUCUUUCCAGUGAGGAGGAUACUCUCUUCUGGACUGCCUCCCCAGACGGGAAAUUCUCAACCAAGUCGGCCUUCAACCUCAUCACUCCGCAGCCGCAAGACCCGGACGAGAAGCUGUGGAGGACGAUCUGGCGCCUUCCAGUGCCGGAGAGGGUCCGAGUCUUCAUGUGGCAAACGUGCACCGGGAAAAUUGCCACUAACAGUCUGCGUUUUCACAGGAAAGUAGCGGCGAGCCCUUGCUGUCCGAGGUGCCCGGGGUCACCAGAGACGAUUCUGCACACUCUCAGAGAUUGUCCCCCAGCUACCUUCUUCUGGCUCCGGCAGACCGCGGGCUUGCAUCAGCAGGAUUUCUUCACUCUCGAUCAGGGAGAUUGGCUGAGUAGCAAUCUCCUGAGGACGGAUACGGUGGCGACAGGGAUGACUUGGCCUGCUUUCUUUAGUACGGCGCUCUGGCUUAUUUGGAAAAACCGUUGUGUUCUCUGUAUGCAGGGUUCUGGAGCCGCUCUCACCCCGCCCUCUCUGGAGCACUCGAUUUUGGCAAAGACAAAGAUGUGGCACAAUGCUUGGCUCGCCCCUCCCCUCCUUCCCUGCAAAGGGAAUCGACCAGCUGACAGAGUAGAGAAGGAGGUGGGUUGGAAGCCACCGACAGAGGGAUGGAUCAUGCUGAAUACUGAUGGAGCCUCCAACGGCAAUCCUGGGCCAGCAGGGGCUGGGGGUGUUUUAAGAGACCAGAUGGGACACUGGGUUGCAGGCUUUGUCGCCAACCUCGGCACUGCUACGGCCAUUCUCUCGGAGCUUUGGGGGAUAUCCUUCGGACUUGAUAUCGCUUGGAAGCACGGAGGAAGAGCUAUUCAGAUUCAGACGGACUCACAGCUGGCGCUGCAGCUCAUUGAGGCUAGACAUGACCCGAUUCACCCGUAUGCUACUCUCCUCUCCGCCAUUCGCAGGAAGCUCAAUCGUGACUGGCUGGUUCGCCUAACGCAUACUUACCGGGAAGGGAAUAGAGUCGCGGACUGGCUCUCGAAGCACAGUCUCGUCUAUCCCUACGGUAUGCAUGAGUUAACGAGCCCGCCUCCAGGAAUUAACUCGCUGAUCAGAGACGACAUGAUGGGCAUUACCAGUACCCGUAGGGUGGUUGCUACUUCUUCUUCCCCUCUUCCCACCUCCAUGUAAUUUUCUUUUUCUUGGCUUUUAGCCUCCCUAUAAUGCAAAAAAAAAAAUCUAUAAACAAACAUAAAUACAGCUUCUUGCUAAUUAAUGUAGAAAUCUUAAAUUGAAACCAGUCAAUCUGGUUUAUGACGUGAGCGACUGUUAUAGCUCGCACAAAGCAUAUCUCAUAUCUUGUAUUAAAAGAAGAUAUCGCAU